UCUGUUGAAAAUAUGACAACUUAAAUGACUCAUCACCCCAUAUACUCGGGAUUCUGGAACAAGUGCUCAACGCGAGGGGGCCGGAAAUCCCAGAAAUGGCAGGAACCUCAAAAUCUAAAUUAGCAAAUUUUUAAUUACGGACGGAGGAAUGAAUGGCAAGAGCAAGGGGUGGGCUGAAUGGUGGGCGGAUAUGUGUCGCUACUGUGUAGCAUCGGAAAGAAACCCUUGGAUUAUUGGAGCAAAAGGCAGUCCCAAACGGGACAUGUGCGUAGGAUCCUAGACACCGAGUUGUACGAAAAUGUGGUGGAAAUUCAGGAUCUGGAGCCAACGAGCAUCGCCAACACGUCUAUCAUCUGUCCGUCCAGCCCACGCCAAUUUCUUAACAUUGCGUUGCCUUUCAUGGUCAUCGUCAUUAAGUACAUGAACGUCGAUUGCAGGUUUCAGUUGCAAGUAAAUGGCCUUGGUUGAUGAGUUCUUGCCUUUUUUUUUUUGUCACAAGGCGUGCUCAGUUGAUUCGGUGUUUAGGUGACUGACACGGAGAGGAAUUCCCACAGAUUCGUAUUCUGCAGCGAAGAGUCCGAGAAGGAUCUAAGCACACGAGCUUCAGU